AAUACGGAUAUAUCAUGCUUUUCCUUUGUAUCAACGGAAAGAAUAAGUGUAUGUAGUAAAAAUCUGAUAUAACGUAACGGGGGGAUAUAUAAAGUUGUAUCCGCGGUCGUUCAACGGUUCUCCAAACGCAUGCGUAUUGGGUGAAGUUUACGCGGAACACCCGGAUGUGCUGCGCUGCGAGCACGGCACGGUAAAAGGAAGAGGCAUGACGCCAUGUUUUGAUGUCGUCAUCCCCCCCAAACCGCUGUUUCUCGAGCAGCACAAUAGUCUGUCAGUGUUUUUCUGUUGCGCGCCUCGUGUCCCGUGUUCCUGGUGGCUGUUCUCGCCGUGCCCCCAUCGUCGCGUCGAACGUGGUGACGCUUGCCCUUGGCCUCUGUAAAUUCGCGGUCGCUGACGGGUGGCCCGAGGUGUCUUUUCAUGUCCGGGGAAGUAACCGUGGAGCGGGGAGGUCCGCGAGCGUCGUCUACGUGGUGGUAGUGUCCUAGUGCGGGGAGGACGAGCAAUCCUGAUCCUCCACCGAGCACCGUCUGGUUACGUCACGCGAUCCUGAGUUCAACUGGGUUUGCGUGGGACAAGUUGUGCCCGAAAAGUGGACGGCGACGACGACGGGGACGAGGACGACGGCCCUGCUAAAAUGGAGCUGCGCCUGCACUCGCCAGCCGGAGCAGAACCGAUCGUCUAUCAAUGGCCCCUUACCUCCGGAUCCGGAUCUGAUCGUCACGAUGGUGCGCUCGAUGUUGUCGAAACAAUGCGUUGGGUUUGCGAAGAUUUGCCAGAUUUGAAGCUGCCGUUGGAAAACAAUAUCCUGUGCGAUUAUGAUACAAGGAAUUACGAGAGCAUGAAAAAUUUAUGCGACAGAUUUAAUAGAGCGAUUGAUAGCUUGGUCCAAUUGGAAAAAGGCACUAGUUUACCGUCACAAAGGUUGAAUAAGCGACCCAGUCGCGGGUUGUUGAGACACAUUCUGCAGCAAACGUACAACCAGGCGGUGGUAGAACCAGAUAAAUUGAAUCAAUACGAACCGUUUUCACCAGAAGUUUACGGGGAAACGAGUUACGAGUUAGUGUGUCAAAUGAUAGAUCAGAUCGACGUAACGGAGGACGAUGUGUUCGUCGAUCUGGGAUCCGGAGUUGGGCAAGUGGUUCUUCAGAUGGCCGCUGCGACUUUGUGUAAAAUUUGUAUCGGUGUCGAGAGAGCUGAUGUACCAUCGAGAUAUGCACAGAGCAUGGAAGUAAACUUUCGUAAAUGGUUGAAUUGGUAUGGAAAGAGAUGCGGCGAUUAUCGUUUGGUAAAAGGCGAUUUUUUAGCCGAUGAACAUCGUGAGAGUAUUACCGGAGCUACGAUAGUGUUUGUCAAUAAUUUCGCAUUUGGACCGACGGUGGAUCAUCAGUUGAAAGAACGUUUUGCGGACCUGCGUGACGGUGCACGUAUCGUAUCGUCGAAAUCCUUUUGUCCCCUUAAUUUUCGCAUAACGGAUAGAAAUCUUAGCGAUAUCGGCACUAUAAUGCACGUUUCGGAGAUGUCACCGUUAAAGGGGUCCGUCUCUUGGACUGGUAAACCGGUGUCUUAUUAUUUACACGUGAUUGAUCGUACGAAGUUAGAACGCUAUUUCCACCGCUUGAAGAAUAAUAAACAAGGCGGCGACGAAAACUCUGAUUCUGUGAUAAAUAACACUGCCAGCAGUAGUAAUAAGGUAACCAGUAGAGCCGAGAGAGGCGACAGAGCUAAACGAGAUCUGUCGAGACAGUUGGACAGCCCGAAUCAUUCCGAGCAGCAAGGAACGAACAGCGAUUCGGACAUGGAUGAGAAUAAUAUGAAGAAUCGUCGACAGCCGAAUAAGAUCCGCAGGAAGUUAAAUAGAAAAUCUAACGGCAUACCGAGACCUCCGGCGAGGGGCAGGCAGAGAGGAAGAGGCGUGAAGAAAUCGAGGCCCAAAAAAGCAAUCAAUAUUUCCGGGUUGGACUUGUUGCAUAGCCAAACGUUGCUCAGCACGUCGCCGCAGGCCUUGGGAAAGAAACCACCGCCCGCACCUGGGUGCGUGGAUCAGCAGCUGUCCUCUCUGUCCCUUUCAUUACAAUCACAUUCCACCUCGGUGCACGAAGAACUGAGCAUACCACCUGCCCCGGCCGCCACUCCUUAUGCGUUGCAAAUACUUUUGGACUUGUACAGGGACCAAUUCAUGCUUAUGCUAGAAUCAAUGAGAACUCCUUCGUACAGAGUGUCAGUGAACACGGACAUCGCGAAAGAAAGGGAAAGAAAUUCGAAAUUGCAAUCGAGAGCGGCGCAACUAGAGAAACAGAUAAAAGUAUUGAUCGACGAUAGCGUGGCGCUUCUGAAAGCGAGGAUGACCGAGUUGGGCAUAAACGCGACGUCACCUGGAGACCUACUCGCAAAGGCAAAGGAAAUAGUGCUCAGGCAUAAACAGUUGCAAGCGAAAGCAAGUAAACUGCAAGCUCAGGUCGCAUCCAUGGAGAACGAACAGUCGAGAUUGACUGCGCUCAGACAUCAGGAGUUACAGGAGAAAUAUAGUAGUCUGACGAACGCGAACGGCAUAUCGAAUCCACCGCAACCGCUUACGCAAGAUUACAUUCUGAAGGAAAUUUCCGCGACGUUGUCGCAGCGGAAAAGACUACACUGUCAGGUGUCCAAGCUGGAGCAUGAGCUCAGUGUAUUGGAAAGGGCUAGCAGUGAGAAACAAGUAGUCAUGGCUCAGCAGCAGCGAGAGGUGGUGGGAUCCAAACUUUCGCAGAAUCAACAUCACUAUCAUCAUCAUCAACAGCUGCAGCAAAAUGGUAAGAACAGUUCGUCGCGGAAGAACAGGGAAGGACGGUCCAGGUCUCAAGACUGGCCCGAGGUACCCGACAUCGGAAAAAUACAAGAGAACAAUCCGGAAAUACUAGCCCAGAAGAUUCUCGAGACCGGCAGACAAAUCGAAGCUGGCCGAAUACUGAACAGACAGAUUCCUAACAUUAGUAACAAUUGUAGAACCAGACUGCCACAAGCAUCUCUCAGCUUUUCUACUACUUCGUCAUCCAUCUUGUCCUCGCAAUCGCAAAUGAACAAUAAAGAUACAAUAAGUAGAACUCAGGAACCUCCUAGAGUUGCGAACUUCGAAGAUAGAUUAAAAAGUAUUAUUACCAGCGUUUUGAACGAAGAUCAGCAAAAUAGGACUAAGCAACAACAGCAACAACAGCAGAUGCAGCUACAGGUGCAAUUACAAAAUCAGACUGAUGCAGAUAGAAAACGCCUUGCAAUACCACAGAACGUUUCUACUCCCGAUUACACACAGGUUUCACCGGCGAAGCUAGCACUUCGGCGUCAUCUCUCACAAGAACGGCUUACCUCUCAUCUAACGCCGUCCGACAGGCCACCGAUCGAAACGAGGCAACCUAAUCACGAUAAUCGCAUUGUGUCAGGAGGAAACGGACUGCUCGGUACCAGGACCAUCGGCGACUUGGUCAGCGGAGAAAUAGAAAGGACGCUAGAGAUCUCCAAUCAGUCUAUAAUAAAUGCUGCUGUAGACAUGAGUGCGAUGAUAAAACCGGAGACCGUGUAUUCCCCUAUCAGCAGACCAGCCAGUGCAGAUGGUGAUGCAGGUUUAUCAACGCUCGCGCACGUGGCAAGUUACGCUCCAACGUCUCACGCGGUCUCAACGGGUACUCCAACGACUACCUCGAGAUCGUCCGUGUUGUACACCCCAGGAACGCAACCACAAAGAUAUACACCGGUUCAGUUACCUCGGGCCGAUAUCAAACCGUAUCACGAGUCAUAUUUCUCUGACAAUCCUCAGUCGUUGCAGACUCAUCCCACACCAUUACAUUCAUCACAGACAGCGUCGAACGGUGAACUCUUACCUGUAGAAGGAUUGGCCGCGUCUUUACACGCUCGUAUAUUAAAUCACAAUACAAAAACGGAACCGAUGCUUUCUACGGGUAGAAGAUUUCAACCGUAUCCUCGAUAUGCGACCAGUAGUAGCAGUAAUGGGAAUGCCACGACGAAUGGUAUGAUGUCGGCGGUCUGUCAAUCGCAGCCUUCGGUGUCAGUAAAAACUGAGUCGUCGGUGAGCACGAGCGGAGCACCGUUGAGUCCUCUCGUGGAACCGCACUCGAACACCUCUACGCCGUUAGUGGACGAGCCUCAAAUGACAACGCAGAGACAACGAAACGGUAUCGGCGAUGACGACGGAGAGGCGGAUUGGCAGGACCGUAUCAGUUCUGGCUUCGAUAGAUUGGUCGCGUUCGCGUCCACGGAGCUGGAUAAGCGAAGAAGAUCGACAGAGGGAGUGAACACGAGCCCCGACAGCGGUUUGGGAUCGGAUAGCGCUGUGACGGGGCCGCCGCCGGUGAUCCCGUCGCCGGAUGAAGCUCUGGGACCUCCGCGUACACCUUCACCCACCAGCCCUCGUCCACCGAAUCCAUCCAACAGUAGCAGUACGAACAGCAACGGUAGUAACAGUAGUACCUCAUCCACGGUGCCUCUCAAGUAUCAACGUCAACCGGACCCGGAACGGCAUCACUUUAAGAAGAAGUUUUUUCACCGAGAUUGGAACAACUCCGGGAGUACCAGCAAGUUUCGUCCUAAAGGCAAGGAUUGGGAUUGGAAUCAUUCGGGACAGUGGCCUUCGAAUGACGAACAAUCUUAAUCGAUUUUUUAUACUUACCUUUGAAAACGAGUACGUAUUGAGAAGCUUCCCGAUUUAUCGUUUCUCCUCACGGCCGUCGGAGCAAUAUCUAUUUAAUCGGAGUUGAGUAGGUUGGUGGAUGCAUCAUAUAUUCUUUUUUUUCCUCUGUUAUUCACGUUGAAACUAAUUAUUAAUUGUUUCCAUAUUAAUAUUGUUACGUGUACAUUGUCUCUUUUUCGUUCUUUUUUUUUUUAUUAUUAAUGUUCGAGCUGAUCGUUUUCCGGUUUUACUAUCUCGAUAGUAUUUAUUUAUUUAAUACAAAGGUGAACAAAUGUAUUGCGAAAUUGUAGUUACAUUUAAUAAUUACCCGUAUAUACACACAUUUGUAUUGAGAAAAAAUGCUAUUACACAGUGAUAGACAUUUUAAUAUUAUCAGCUACUAAACCUUUUGGUAAACGAAGACAAAAAUCAUUUGAAGAAUAAUCAUGUCGUCUUGAUCUAUUACUUGCGGCGAGAAUGUGUUCGCUUUCGUAAACAUGUGUUGAUACCAUUGAGAUUAUAUUCCUUCCUGGAGGGAAAGAAAUGGGAUGAGUGAACGGUUUAGUAUAAAUCGGAGCGUCUACGAUGCAUGGAGAGAUACGCUGUAUGGAAAAUUCUAGACGCGUAGCGAACGUAAUUAGUCGAAGAAAUAGGAAAGAAAAUAAGCUACCAAAACCUACGUGUGUUCGUAGCAAAUAUUCGCUGCAAAUUUUAUAUGCGGCCAUGUGUCCUUCGAUCGUUUACGGGGGAUACGCUAUCAAAGUGUUCACUGUCGCUCAUAACGUUUAUGGCGACGGACAGCGAAGACAGACACUUCACUGACCCGAAGGUAAAUUCUCUUUUUUUCUUCUUUAUUUGGCACCAUUUUAUCUAGUAAUUUGGAAGAUGUGCGGAACGAUAUAUGUAUAUGAUCCAAAGAAAACGAUUCCUCUCCAGGAGAAUCGAAAAUAAAUCAUUUCCCAGCAGAUUCUCUAGACGAGAUUCAAAAACUAUCGCUGGUAGACGAGUGAAAUUCAAUUUGUAAAUAAAAUUCGACGCAUUGUUUCAAAAACAAUGCGCGCCCUCGUUGUAUAAAGGAUUUUUUAGUCAUUGUGUCGUACAUAAUAUAGUUCGGAACGUUUGUAAAGAGAGAGAGUGAUAGAGAGAAAGAGAAACAAGCCCAAGUUACUGUCACGGACUAGGAAUGUAAGGGAACGAAGGAUGCAUUGACAAAGAAAUCAAUCGCUCGACGUAUAUGAACUGUAAUUAGUUAACGAAUUAUUUAAUAAUUCCCUUAUACUACAUAAAUACGUUAUAAUUAAAUAACGAUGUAGAGACACCUGCCAAGUUUAGCUGUUAUAUACACUGCCGAAUCUUCUAUUAAUUUUAUUACGAUCAUAAUUAUUAUUUAUUGUUUUUAUUGAAAUAUUUUAAUACUAAGGUUUUUGUAACAAGCACACAUAUUCUCUAUUUCAUUCCUACCUUCCAUUCGCCGGUUUGACAAAAAUGAUCAGGUCAUGGAACAGCGAAGAAAAAUACCGUAUGUUGUGCAGCGUUUAUCACUUUUAUUAUUUCUCGAUCCCAACGGCGCCGCGAUUAAACAUUACAAGCAUAGGUCGAUAGUAGACACAUUUUAAAGUGUGUAUCAACGUAAAGUAAAUUUAUUACACUGUUGCCUGAUUAUGUUAAUCGUCGCCUAUGCAAUAAUACACUUUUGUUGUAAAUGAACGGACACCCCCCCGGUACGUUUGUUGUUAGGAUAACUCAUUGAUUUGCUGCGUGAGCGAGCAAUGGUUAUUGAAGUAUAUAAUAUACACGGAAAUAGGAUAAACAGUAAUACGACUUUAUAGAACCAAGGAGGCAGAUGUAAACAGUAUCUGUAGAUAUAAUGCAACAAAGUACAAAGUUCUUACCUGAACAGAUUAUAUUUCAUACAGUAUCUGUUUUGUACAUCGAGCAAACAAUGCAUUGAAAUAUACCACAUUUUUAUCUUAA